CGAAUUCAGUGCUUUUAAAUGAACACAAAAUGCAGUUCACCCAAAUGUCCACAAUCGCGACGCCUUCACUUGACACCUGUGUUUAGUUAACAGUAAAAAUCACGUUUUCCCAAAUCAACUGAAUCCAUACAUUGUUUCGCUUCGCUGUACUCGACACUCCUCCUCAGUGAAAUACGAGACGCACUUUAACACUUGGAUUUUACCUGUAUAUCAUUAUCAGCCACAUCCACAUUGAGAAGAAAGCUGGAAUCAACUAAUUUAUCCUUUAUUAGCUAAAUGUAACAACUGGGAACACGGCAUUGUUCUCUGAGCACAACACAAACCCGGUGUAACCUUUUCGCAACCCUUCUUUUACACGCCUUAGUUCCGGGUCUUUCCGCAGGUUGGGAUAGUGAUUAUGGAAGUAUGAGCGAGUCGCUGGAGUUGAAGCCCAUUCACGUUGUCUGUGACAACAAUAAUGUGACGAGUGACCAAACGAUUGAGGUGAUUCCAGGGAAUGGUGCUUGCUCAGACCACGUCAGAUCAGAGAGAAAUGAAGGGUCCCCUCUUCUACCAACAUCACAGGUCGCUGAGGACAAUAAGGAACAGCAUGUUGAUGUGGAUAGUGAUGUUGAUACUGACUCUUUAAGUCAACCCAAGUGGCUAAGGGAGUUGCGGAGGGUCAAGAGAGAACUGAAUGAGGUGGUGGUGUGGAAACUCAAACUAUGGACAUUGAUACUUAUCAUCUUAUUAGUUAUUGCUCUGGUUAUUGGGAUCUCAAUCAUCGUGUGUGCAGUUGGUCAUGAAGAUGAGGAUGAAAAAUAUGACAAAUCAUCAUUUGUGGUGGCACGCUUCUUCAGAGGAAAUUUUACUCUGGACGGUAACAGUUUCACUUCAAACUCUCAGGACGAAGAUGCUAUCAAAAAGCUGGAACAAAAGCUGAAAGAAGUCUACAGUUCAUCACCUGCAUUGGAACGGUACUUCUCCAGUAUCACCAUAAACAAUCUUCAGGACACUGCAGCCCAGUUUAAGCUCAUGUUCAUGAUGCCUUUAGAAAAUGACGAGUUGAUACAAAACACUUUGAGUCUAAAGAUAGUUAAAAAUGUGCUGCUCCAACACUUGUAUGAUCGAGACACUGAAGAACCUUUCUAUAUCAUACCAACAUCACUCCAGAUGGAAGUUGGGUAGACAUGCCAAAAUUAACUACAAGAUGGAUGUUGUAAAUUGAACCACUGGUACCCUCAUCAGAAAACAAAACAUUCCAUUCAUCACAUUAUUUCAUUUGACUGCCUUCUGCACUCUUUAACAGAUCUCCUAAUACUAAUUAUUAUCCACUAUUUAUAAUUAACUCAGACUUUAGAGGUUCGCUUCAAAAUAUAAUUGCAAUGUCAGUUUUCAUACAGUAUGUUUUACAUACUUUAUAUAACAAAUUACUUUUUUAUUAUUUUGUUUAUUAUUAAUAUUUUUUAAGUAUUUAACACUUAAUUGAAAACUUAAUUUUGACAUUAUUAUUAUUAUUAUUAUUACUACUAUUAUUAUUUUAAAAUGGAUAAAUGCAGAAUGUGGAGGUUUAUGUUCAUCACAGUUUGAGUCUCAAAACACUGAAGUUCCAAACCUGUUCAGUUGCUAUGAUGGUAACGUCCAUGUUGUUCCAAAAUGAAUUUCUGUAAUAAUGCUCUAAGUGUACUUUUAUUGAUUGAACACUGGACCUUUUUUUUAAUCACUGUGGUGCAGUUCUUCGUAUGCAUGUGACAUUUUUUUUUAAAGGCUUUUUUUUUUUUUUUAAUAAAAAAUUGUG